GUUUGGGAGUAUUUCUCUCGCCGACCGUGUGUUCCUGGCUUUUUGUGUUGUUCGUGUGCCUUCCUGGGAGCUGAUGGAGCCGUGGAAGGUGCUGGGGAUGUGUUCCUGACACCAUACUCUUGUUGUGGCCACGCUCUGGGUGAAUGAUGGAGCUCUCAGGCCGAGCGCUCAGCACUCGGAGACGUUCUGUCCUAAAGAGUGACUCUCAGCUCAGCCACAAACUGCAGCAGUUCAUGCAAAGCCCAUUAGUCAGCUGGGUGAGGACAUUUGAAGCCUCCCUCGAUGGUUCUGAUGGACAGUACAUGGAGGUGAAGGCCCCGGGCCGCACAGACUGUCAAGCUGACUACCUCAAGCUGCUCGAUGGCGUCUUCCUCAACCGAGUCAUGAGGCAGAUAGACCCAAACCCCCAGACCCAGCGAAUCUACCACAAUGCCAGCAACGAUGAUGUGGUCCGGGUGCAGAACCUCACCAUCCUGGUCCAACAAAUCAAAUCCUUCUACCAGGAGGACCUCCAGCAGCUCAUCCUCAUGGAUCUCCCCAAUGUGCAGCUCCUGGGCCGUGACCCCCUCAGUGACCAGGCGAUGCGAGAGUUAGAAAAACUGCUGAUGCUGCUCCUGGGCUGCGCAGUUCAGUGCGAGUUUAAGGAAGAAUUUAUCGGACGAAUCCAGACGCUUGACUUGGACACACAGGCGUCGGUGGCCAAUCACAUCCAGGAGAUAACCCAGAACCAGCAGAACAUGGUGGCAGUUCACUGCAUAGACCUAUCCUCCAGCUCACUGGAGGAACUGCACCUCCUGUUCGGAAACAUGGCCCAGCAUCUAAAGGACCUCGUCAAUCAGAGGGAUGAGAAUAUGGAGAAAAUCACGGAGCUGCUCCAGGAACGCGAGCUUUGCCAGUUACACCACGGAUCAGGAGCAGGGAAUUGUGAGGAAGGGAUGUAUCACCGAUCUGGGGAGACCCGGCAACACCUAACUGUCCAAUUGGCUGACUCAAAAUCCAAACUACGGCGAGUUCGGCAGGAGCUGCAGGAGAAGAGUGAAGAGCUGGAGGACUGCAAACAGGAGCUAGACGAGCUGCAGCAGGAUUGCAGACAGCUCCAGAAACAGAACCGGGAGCUAGUGUUGGAGGCCCGAGCAGCCAGGACUUAUCGGGAUGAGGUGGACAUCCUCCGGGAGAAGGCCACCCGUGUGGACAGGCUCCAGAGCGAGGUGAAGGCCUACAAGGAGCGUCUGAACAGCAUUGAGUUCUACCGGGGCAAGGUGGAGGAGGAGCGAGAGUACAGCCGGGCUCUGCUGGAGACGAAGACCAUCCUGGAAGAACAGCUGGAGGCUGCUCGCUCGCGCUGCGACCGGCUCCACGAGCUGGAGAAGGAGAGGCUACUCCUCCGAUCUGCCCUCAAUGACCUCGAGUCGGAACGGGAAGCAGAUCAGCAGCGGAUCGAGGAACUGAUGGCGGAAAACCUGAGCCUGGAGAUGGCGGUGAGCAACAGAUUGGAGGAUUCAGUUCGGCAGCGAUGGAGAGCAGACUCAGUAUCGGAGGAGUUUCCUCACUCUGAAUUUGCACAGAGACCCCUCAGCGACGAGGUGAACGAAGUGACGUUGUGCCAGCUGGUGCAGUUGGAACGGGAGAAUCAGGAGUUGCGGAGAAAGGCGGACGAACUGCACAAAACCAGCGCUGACGCAGGCACCAGUCAGAGCACGCGGCUGCUCAGCCUCGAGAGAGAAAACCAGCAGCUACAGGAAACGAUUGAAACACUGCGAGCUCAAGUUGACGAGGAGAAAGAGAACAGUCGGAAUAUUGAGGGAGUGAGCAAUGACCUCAUGAUGGAGAAGAACAGGAUGGAGAAAACGAUGCAGAUUCUGAAGGAGAACUGUCAACGAGAGGUGGAGGAGUUGCGGCUGGAGGUGGAUCACCUGAGGCAGACCACAGACGCCCUGAGGCAGAGGUCGCAGGUCAGCUCCGAGGCCAGGGUCAAGGACAUUGAGAAGGAGAAUGAGAUCCUGCACCAGGCCAUGGCAGAGGCCAGUCUGAGGCAGAGUGCCCUGGCCUCCGAGAAGAACCAGGCCCUUCGCGAGCUGGAGCAGAGCCGGUCCGAGGCCGAGAAGGCUGAGGAGCUAGGCCGGGAGCUAGAGUGCGUCCGUCGACUCAACGAGGAGCUCCGAAAGCGGGGCCUGGAGUUGGAAACGAGUCUGGGGAGACUCCCCGUGCUGGAGGAGAGGUCGUCGGGCUUGCAGGCCGAGAACGGGAGGCUGCGUCAGAGCCUGGAGAGCCUGACCAUGAGGCUGGAGGCUUCGGAGCUGGAGAGGGCCCGUUCUGAGGAGGAGAGCCUCCAGCUGAGGGAGGCCGAGAGAGCAGCCCUCGAUCAGGCUGAGGCUGAGAACCGGGAGCUGGAGAAGGAGAGAGACCGCCUGCGGAGGGAGGCCGCCCAGCUGAAGGCCGCGCUCUCGAGGGCCGAGGAACAAGCUUCAGCCUACCAGGCCUCACAGGCAGAGCGCCAGCAGCUGUCCCGGAGCCUGGAGACCGCCAAGAGGCGUCUCUCAGAGAUGGAGAAAGAGGCCGAGGAGAUGGAAGUGGAGGCUCAGAGCCGGCAGCGGGAGCUGGAGGAGCAGCGAGCGGCGAGGGGCCUGUGUGAGCAGGCCCACCAGGCCCUGGCGCAGGAGCUGGAGCAGGCCGAUAGGGAGAAGAGGCAACUGGCGAAGGAGAACCGGCGCCUCAGGCAGCAGGCUGAGACACGCGACGCCUCCCUGGACGAGCACAGCCUGAAGUCGGCCGGGCUGGAGCUGGAGAACCGACGCCUCCAGCAGGAGAUCAGCUGGGCCCAGGAGGCCCGGGACAGCCUGAGGGAUAUGGAAGCCGAGAACACCGAGCUCCGACAGCAGCUGACUGUCAACAAGAGGGAAGCCUCCAGUCUUCGCGAGGAGCUAAUGAGUGAGAAACUGAGGGCACAGGAGCUCAGCAACCAACUGGAUAGUCUGAGUCACAAGCUGGAACGGAUGGGCAUUGAACAGGGCCAAGUGUUGCCUGCAGGCCAGGACAGUAGUUACCGGUUGUUGGAGGAGAAGUUGGACUCGGUUUUUAAGGAGACUCUGAUGAUCCGGGAGACUCACAUCGCCAGCCUGAGGAGCCAGCUAGAGGAUGCUGGGAGACAAAACCAGGAGCUCAAUGACCAGCUCAGGGAAUUAAAGCGGGAGCUGGAUCAGCCAGAGCAGAGGGACGAGUUGGUGGGCAGGAUGACUGCUACGGUGAUGGAGGGCCAGGCGCCGUCGGAGGCUAAGCUCGAACGCCGGGAGUCGCUGAAGGAAGUGACCAGCGACCGUUUGAUAGAGGUCGAGCGGAAGAAUGCCACGCUCCUGGCAGAGAAGGAGGCCCUGACGGUGGCCCUGGGCCAGCAGGAAUCGGUGAAUGGCAGCCUGCAGGCACAGAUCCUGAUACUCCAGAAACACACGGUGUCGAUGCAGGAGCAGAAUUCCAGCCUGCAGGCUCAGAACGGCCGGCUGCAGGCUGAGAACAGCAGUCUGAUGUCUCAGAAUACAUCUGCAAUUGGCCACAACAGCCAGCUGCAGGCUGAGCUCUCAGCCCUGCAGAGUGAGCACAGGAGCCUGGCGAAGGAUAGUGAGGAGGUGCAGAACCGCCUCACCUCAGCGCUCAGGGACCACGAGAAGCUGGUCCUCCUGCACGAGGCUCAGGAGGCUGAGUUUGAGGGACUGAUGGAGAAGCAUAAAGCUCUGAAAGGCAGCUACAAGAGCCUGGAGGCGGAACACAAGGAGCUGGAUGGCAGGUACGGGCAGCUUCUGGCGCAGAAAGCUCGGCUUGAUGAGGUGGAAGCAGCGGUAGAGCUUCAGCGCCAGGCUCUGGACCAGGAGGAACGCAGUCGGCGGCAGGAGACAGAGGCCUACCACAGGCUGAAGGAGGAGCACGACAGGCUGCUUCAGAGGCACAGUGAGUGUGAGAAGCAGCAGGAUGAAGACAGAGCUGAGCAGAGGGCCCUGAGGAGCCAACUCAGUACCUUGCAGCUGGAGAGGACCCGCACCGAGACGGAGUGCAACAGCCUGAAAGAGCAGAGCCAGCAGCUUGACCUGCGCCUGGCAAAGCUGGGCAGCCAGUGUGAGUUACUGAACCAGCUGAAAGGGAACGUCGAGGAGGAGAAUCGCCAUCUGCUGCACCAGAUCAAGGCACUGACCGAGGAUAACCGCACCCUGCUCGAGAAAACCGUUGAGAGUAAAGACCAGUUCCACGAGGAGCAACGCCAAUACCUGGACAAACUGAAUGAGCUGAGGCGAGAGAAGCAGAAGCUGUUCGAGAAGAUCAUGGAGCAGUAUCGAGUGAUCGACCCGGCUCUGCCCAGGAGGAAGGGGAACUGGAUCGCAGACAAGAUGAAGAAGCUGAUCAAGCCUCGCAAAGACCAGCUCAGGCCCAUCCUGAUCAACGCGGGCGGGAGCCUCGACGCUGCGGACCGUGCCCCUCAGGCCGAGAACCCGGAGCAACUCCAGGGGCCGUCCAGACCCAUGGGUCCCUCGGACACUCUGAGCCGGGAGCCCCGGUCCACGCAGGCCGAUGCCUCCUACGUGGACGGGAAAGUCCAGCUGAGACACCGCCGGAAGCUGAGCUCCAGGAUCUACAGCUCGGAGAACCCUCGGCAGAGAUUCCGCCAGCGUCGGGUGGGCUGGUUCCCUACGGAAAGCGAGGAAGAGGAGGACGAGGAGGCAGACUCAACUCCGAGCUGCAGUAGCACUGUCAGCCAAGACAGUGAUCCCGCACUGGAUUCCAAAGAAGCUUCCAAGAAUUCCGAGGCGAGCCAAGAUUCCCAGAGCAAACAUCGAGAGGCUGGGAACGCGGCCGAUGACAGAAACGAAGGUCCUGCAAGCUCCGUGCACUGAGCUGGGUCUCACUUCUCCAUCCUGCUCUCGGCCUUGCUCCUUUAACCCUUUCAGAGUUGGCUUCAGCUGACAGCAACUUCCCCACUCAUCCACUGCCACCUCCCAGGAUUAUAGCCGCCCUGCUCCCCACUCUCCAAGCUGUCGGCGU